AUGGGCAUCAACAGGUGUCUAAAAAUGGCAGAUUUAUACACGAGUCUUGAUAUUUGUGGAGUUGAGAUAUCAGUUCAACUUAAAGCUCAAAGCUAUGGGAUGUUAUCCACUAAAUUGAAAAAUACAAAAAACAAGUUGGAAAACUUAAUUUUCAACAACUACAGUGGAAAUACAGGUUUUUUAUUGUGGCUUGCAAGUUACUGUAUUACUUGUAUUUUUCAACAAACAGUCAUAGCAAAGUACAUGUUCUCCUUAUUGACCUAUGAAGAUACUUGUGAACCUGCAAUACAACAAAUAAACAUAAGUGGUAUACCACGAUUAGUACAAGCUAUUUUUAACAUUGUUACAAAGAAACUUAAAACAGGUAUUAUUCACUAUGAAAUGCAAUUUUUGUCUUGCACAUCUAACAUGGACCUUCAUCAAAUCAAACACAUCAUGGAAAAGCACAGACAAAAAUGUAAUGACAACGUGGAACCUGCUCCAAAAAAGAAAAGACUGUAA